UGGCCUGGUUUAAUAGGGCUUAGUAAUGAGGAGUGUGUUUUUAAUAAGAACUUAAAGAGCUUGUACCACAAAGGCCAGGCUUCUGGGAGAGGAACAAAGCAAAUUUACGAAACUAUUUGCCACACACAUACUUUAAUGAUUGCAUAUCUUUGACUCUAAAACUUUCAUUAAUAAGAGCAUCACUUCUCCCAGGACAGAGAGAGUGUGAAGAGCAGGACGUCGAUCAGUUUCAGCUGUUGGCUCAGGCUUUGAUGCAGGUCACCUGAUCAGUUUUACUACAGCAGAUCCUGGUUCACCUUCAACACUAUUAGGAAAACACCUUGCUGAUGACAGUUGGAUUGGACUCGGGUUGCCCCUGCUGUUGCAGGCGUCUCAUCUCACGAUUCCUCUUUUUCUCAACAGUUUGAGGAUUACAUGCUGUAAAUAUUUUAUUUUUCCCCCUGAAAGCUCAUUUGAACUCUCACUUCUUGAUCGUCACCUGCUAGUACUGGGACUGGGGCAGAAGAUCCCAAACCCAAGAUGAGUGUCAAAAAGGAAGACGUGGAAAAGUUCCUCGAUGGAAAUCCAGAUUUUGCCAAGAGCUACUUUGACAAAAAGCUCAAGCCUGGUGCUGUUGCCUCAAUCAUGCAAAUAUCCGAGUCCAAAGUGGAUCUGGAUACUUUUAAGGACAUAAUCUCAGUAGAGGAGGGAGCGAUAUUCUACAAUCUCAUUACAGACAUGCAGGAGAAUGUCAAUAUGGAGAAAGUGAUGUUUAAGAUUCUGAAGCGGAUCAGUGCUCUGAUCCAUGCCGACCGAUGUAGCCUCUUCAUGUAUCGACAGCGGAAUGGUGUGGCGGAGCUAGCAACACGACUCUUCAAUGUUAACAAAGAUUCGGAGCUUGAUGACUGUGUGGUGCCUCCAGAUUCUGAGAUUGUCUUCCCUCUUGAUAUCGGUAUAGUAGGAUAUGUUGCUCAAACCAAAAAGACCAUCAAUGUCAAGGAUGUCACACAGGAUAGUCACUUCAGCUCAUUUGUUGAUGAACUCACUGAAUACACCACACACAACAUUUUGGCCACGCCCAUCAUGAAUGGAAAGGAUGUAGUAGGUGUCAUCAUGGCAGUCAACAAGACCACUGGACCACAUUUCACAGAUGAAGAUGAGGAUCUGUUUUUAAAGUAUCUGAAAGUUGGCUCUCUGAACCUGAAGAUAUUUCAUCUGAGCUACCUUCAUAACUGCGAAACACGUAAAGGACAGCUGCUGUUGUGGUCAGCUAACAAGGUGUUUGAAGAGCUCACAGACAUUGAACGACAGUUUCACAAAGCUUUGUACACAGUGCGAGCUUACCUCAACUGUGACAGGUACUCUGUGGGCCUGCUGGACAUGACAAAGGAAAAGGAGUUUUUUGAUGUUUGGCCAGUGUUGAUGGGAGAACAGGCACCGUAUUCUGGCCCUGUAACUCCGGAUGGAAGGGAAGUAAUUUUCUACAAAGUUAUUGAUUAUAUUUUGCAUGGAAAAGAGGACAUCAAGGUCAUACCAAAUCCUCCUGCAGACCACUGGGCUUUGGCAAGUGGAUUACCCACAUAUGUUGCAGAGAGUGGACUUAUUUGCAACAUUAUGAAUGCAGCAUCAGAGGAAAUGUUCAACUUUCAGACGGAGGCCCUGGAUGACAGUGGAUGGACUAUCAAGAAUGUGCUGUGUCUGCCAAUUGUCAACAAAAAAGAAGAAAUUGUCGGUGUUGCAACUUUCUACAACAGGAAGGAUGGCAAACCAUUCGAUGACCAUGAUGAACAACUCAUGGAGGCUUUGACACAGUUUCUGGGCUGGUCGGCCCUCAACACAGACACCUACGACAAAAUGAAUAAGCUGGAGAACAGAAAGGAUAUUGCCCAGGACAUGGUGCUUUACCAUGUCAAAUGUCGAGAUGAUGAGAUUCAAGAUAUCCUUAAAACAAGAGAGUAUUUUCAAAAAGAGCCAAGAGACUGCGAAGAGGACGAGCUUUUGGAAAUUCUGAAACAAGAGCUGCCUGGUCCAAAGAAGUUUGAGAUCUAUGCCUUCCAUUUCUCAGACUUUGAUUGCACUGAAUUGGAACUUGUAAUGUGUGGGAUCCAAAUGUACUAUGAAGUUGGAGUGGUUAGAAAGUUUCAGAUCCCUCAGGAGGUUUUGGUGAGAUUCAUGUACUCAGUCAGCAAAGGCUACAGGAAAAUCACCUAUCACAACUGGCGCCACGGCUUCAACGUUGGACAAACUAUGUUCACAUUACUCACGACAGGCAAACUAAAGCGGUAUUACACAGAUUUGGAGGUGAUGGCUAUGAUCACUGCCGGCUUCCUGCAUGAUAUAGACCACAGAGGCACAAAUAAUCUCUACCAAGUCAAGUCCCAAAAUCCUCUAGCCAAGCUGCAUGGAUCCUCCAUUCUAGAGAGGCAUCACUUGGAAUUUGGCAAAUUUCUGUUAUCAGAUGAGUCCUUAAACAUCUUCCAAAACCUCAACAGAAGACAAAUGGAACAUGUCAUCCACCUCAUUGAUAUUGCCAUUAUUGCUACUGAUCUUGCCUUGUACUUCAAAAAGAGGACAAUGUUCCAGAAAAUUGUGGAUCUCUCUGAGACAUAUGAGGAGGAAAAGAAAUGGGUGGACUUCAUGUCUCUUGAAACAACAAGGAAAGAAAUAGUAAUGGCCAUGAUGAUGACAGCUUGUGACCUCUCAGCAAUCACUAAGCCAUGGGAGGUACAAAGCAAGGUUGCCCUCUCUGUAGCAGCAGAAUUCUGGGAGCAGGGUGAUCUUGAGAGGACUGUUCUUGAGCAACAGCCUAUUCCCAUGAUGGACAGGAACAAAGCCGCAGAAUUGCCCAAGCUUCAGUGUGGUUUUAUCGACUUUGUCUGUACUUUUGUAUACAAGGAAUUCUCUCGUUUCCACACCGCCAUCCAGCCAAUGUAUGAUGGCAUUCUUAACAACCGGAUGCAUUGGAAAGAGAGGCAGGAGGAAUAUGAGGCUAAAUUAAAAGCAUUAGAAGAGGCAGCUAAAGCCAAGCAGGAGGAAGCUGCCAAGAAAGCUGGUAAUGCCAACAACGCCAGUGGAUCAGAAUCAGGAUCCAAGACCUGCUCAAUCUGCUAGAGAAACAUAAUUUGGCAAAUGGCAAGGCAGCUUGGGACACAAGAACACAAGGAAUAAAAAAAAAAAGAAUUGGAGUGUUGGACAAACACUAUCAAAGCAUUUGUUAUCAGCAAGCCAUAUAGGACCAACUGUUAGCUUGUUGGUAACAAGGCUGCUCAGGCAAUUCAACUUGCCUCAAGUUAGUAUUACUAUUUCAUGAUGUAUCUUUGGCGCGAAGAUGUUGGGUUAAAAGCAUUUUCCACUGGCAGUCAGCUAUAUUUCACUUGUAUUUAAUGUUCUACAGAAAAGUCAAGAGGUGAAUAUUGCAACUACUUCAAAGAUGGUUUUGAUUCAUCAUAACAAUGAAAUGUUCUAAAAACAUUUUAAUAUUUUUCUGAACCAGUCAUAGAAAUUAGCACCAUAUUUACAUUUUGCCUGUACUGGAUAGUUUAUACUCACUGGUGACUGGUUGCUAUGUUAAUGUCAAGGAGAACCAUGGCAACAAUGUUUCUAGGUCCAGUGAGUUUGCCCAUAUGUGGAAUUUAAAUCAUGGGAUUUAUCAAUCAUAAUUUAAAGAAUAUAUUCUAUUGUAUAUAUAAAUGUAACUCUAUUUUACAUUUUUGUCACUACCUGCCCUGAAUCGGAACAAAAAGUCAAUUUUAUGUGUGAUACAAACUUUUGUUGUAAAGUUUACAUUUUAACCCUCUAAAAGUGAUCACAUUAUAGAGCUGAGAAGCUAACUUUCGAAUUGCUAAAUGUGAGGUUUAUUUGGCUAAAUGUGAACAGUAAUGGCAUUUCAUAGGAAACAUACACUCACUGAGCACUUUAUUAGGAACACGAUGGUCCUAAUAAAGUUCCAGAUGUGGUCUGCUGUUGUAGCCCAUCCGCCUCAAAGUUCGACAUGUACAUUCUGAGAUACUAUUCUGCUCACUACAAUUGUACACGAGUGAUUAUCUGAGUUACCAUAGUUUUUCUGUCAGCUCGAACCAGUCUGGCCAUUCUCCAUUGACCUCCCUACUCAAGGCAUUUCUGUACACAGAACUGCCACUCACUGGAUGUUUUUGGUACCAUUCUGAGAAAACUCUAGACUGUUGUGCAUGAAAAUCCCAGGAGAUCAGCAGUUACAAAAAAUACUCAAACCAGCCCGUCUGGCACCAACAAUCAUGCCACGAUCAAAUUUCCCCCAUUCUGAUGGUUGAUGUGAACAUUAACUGAAGCUCCUGACCCGUAUCUGCCUGAUUUUAUGAUUGCACUGCUGCCACAUGAUUGGCUGAUUAUAUAAUCACAUGAAUAAGUAGGUGUACAGCUGUUGCUAAUAAAGUGCUCAGUGACUGUAGAUCGGGGAGUACACCUGAGUGAUGGUCAGCUUAUGUAAAAACUGGAAAGGCAUUGGGUUUAAAGUUGUAGUUGUUUUUAUAGUUUUUGUUUUUUCACAUAAGCUGGAAGUUAAUAUGCAAUUGUCCAUCAGACGUUAUUUACAUCAAGUGCUGUCGUGGGUGUGUUUUACUGAGAAAAGUCCCGUUGCUCAGUGUCUCCACUGUUGGGACAUGCGUUCACAGAAAAAACAAAUUCCAGUGGCCUUGAUACCAUUCAUCCAAUGAAUUCUCAGCUGACCUGAACCAACGGAACCAUGAGAAGUUUUCUGUGAUUAAAUUCAGAAAGGUAUUCAGAUUUGAGCAUACUUUUUAUAGGAAGCAAGUGUUUCUCUUUCACUGGUUGUCCAUAAACAUCAGUAGAUGUCAGUUAUGAAUCUAAUCGUGUAAAUACAACAAAUUGUAUGAGGUACAAAGAGAACUAGUUUGUAAGUAAAUACAACAAAGGCGUGUUGUUAGCACACUUAAUAAAUUCUACAUGCUCUACAUCAUUAUACUGCUUCUAUUUUGCAUUCCAGAAAAGGUUCAAUUUAAGUAGCGAAGGACCAGCAGUAGGAAAGUAAAUUGAUAUAUCAAUGUGACAGAUCUGAAAAUGAGGGCUCAGUAAUAAGGCUUGUGUGUCACAAAUUUAAAUCACUUGCAGAGCAAGUUUCAUUAUGUUUUGACAAAAAAUCAUGAUGCAUCAUCAAAUGUGAUGCUCUAAAAUCAUCCACAAUACAGCAUCAAGUAUGGGUGAUUCCAAUUAAAUUGGUUAACUUGUUAAGCUUCACUUCUGCAUGCUCAAUAACAAACAGUUCUUCCAAUUUGAGAUUUUAUUUUAUUUUUUUGUAUAGACAGAUGGUGGUAUUUUCUGCUGAAUGACUCACUCGCUAAGAAAGCCUCUUAUCCAAUCUGAAAUAUCAGCAGUUUCCACCCUUCCUUUUCUAAUGUCUGGAUGUCAUCUGUAGAGGAUAGAGACUUACAUUUGCAUUUUACUACAAAUCAUCUGACAAUAUUCUUACAAGACAUUUAAAACUUGAUGCUCACUCUUCAAUGCUUUGUCUCUAUUAAAAUUUUUCUCCAAAAUUGGCAAUUCUCAAAGAAACCGAGACCCUUUCAGAAACCUAGUAUAUAAUUUGAAGCAUUUGAGACGUGUUCUAAACAAAUAGUUUUCUUGCUUAUUUCAAUAGUAAAGGAAGUGUAGCACUGCAGCUAAGUAGCAAAGAAGCAUUUGUGCAAAAUCAGCACUUUACAGUAUUGGCUUGACCUAAAUCCUGGGAUUUAUGUUAAACCAUGGUCAGGUUAUACAACUGUCCACCCUCUAUAAAUGUCACUACGGUGGUGCAGAAAAGGGAAAAUGGUCCACCACACAUUCUGAAUAAACCCCACAAUAAAUAAUUAGAUUUUACCCAGAGAGAUUCUCUUGUUUUAUUAGACACACACGAGUCUGACUAAAGGAGUUCAUUCAAACAUUAGAAUACCAAAUUAAAUCAUCAGUUUAAUCAAAUCAAGCAUUCUUUUUCACCUUAUUUUGAUAGGAAGGUCUGUGUGCUCAGAAUAAGCUGAACACUGACAACUGAAUAAAAAAAAAAAAAUUAAAAAAAAAAACACAUGCAAAAGACAUUUUUAAACUUCCUGUGUCUUUAUUGAAAAAUAGAUAAGUUGACUGUCCUAGAAAUUCAUUUCAGAGCAUUGUUGGAAUGGAUACAUCUUGGAGAGUUA